CCCUACUCCUUCAACUUAAUAUCCUUUUUAUUAUACUAUUCAAUGUACAUUAUUUCUGUAAAUAUACUUUAUGCAAAUAUUCCAAAUACUCUGAUAUUCUGGUUAUGUCGUGCAAUUAAUGUUACAACUUUUCUAAAUACACAAACCAUACCUGCCAACUUAAAAAAAAAGAUAAAUACUCAACAAAAGGUAUUGGUUAAUACAAUGAAAUCAAAAGUUAUGCGUAAAACUAAUAUGAAAGCAAAUAAUUAA